GAAGUGCAGGGCGUUUUUUCUAGAAAAUCUGCUAUUGUUCGACUGCGACUAAUAAUAUAUUCUGCUUGAUAGAGUUAUACCCAUUCUUAGAAGCUGUUACUGUGAAGAUGGAAACCCAGUCAGACACUAUUUUUGUUACGGGUCUUCCUAAAGAUGUUACAUCUCAAGAAAUUGAAACGCAUUUUAAGCUUAUUGGAAAUAUAAAAUUCGACAAAGGGAAGCGGGAGCCUAAAAUUUGGAUAUACAAAGAUAAAGAAACCGGCGAAGGAAAAGGAGAGGCCACCAUAACCUUUGAGGACGAAAGCUACGCCUCUAUGGCUAUUGACUGUUUUAACGGAAAGCCUUUCUUAAACACGCAGGACAUAAUUCAAGUUUCUCUUAGUCAACGAAAAAUAUGGUCCGGUCCGGGUCAAGGCCGCGAUUUGAACGGCUAUGAAAGUAACUAUGGUAGGAAUGACGGACGCGGCGGUUACCCUGGAAUGCGUGGCCGCGGAAGAGGUCGAGGGCCUUUUAUUCCAAAAGAGGGCGACUGGAAUUGUUUCGAUUGCGGAAAUAUUAACUUCGCCAAACGCUUUGAGUGCAACAGAUGCGGAAAACCGAAACCCGAGCAAAGAACCCAGGCGAGCUAUAACGGGCCUCCCAUUGUCUAUAACGGAAGGGGCAGAGGCGGUGGCAGAUAUGACGAUCAGGGCUACCGCGGUGGUUAUGAUGACGGUUUUGACAAACGACCAGGUGGCCGGCGCCCUCCGCCCGAGCGUUACUACGAGCCCAGUCCGGGGCGCAAUCGAGCUGCUUACGGGGGAGUUCCUGCAUCAGGGUCCGGUAGCAUGCGCGAUGGUGACUGGAUUUGUCCGGAUCCGAAGUGUCAAAAUCACAACUUUGCAAAACGCUUGAGUUGCUACAGGUGUAACCUCGCCCGUCCCAGCCAGCACCCUCCAGAUGGUAACUACCCGCGGGAGCCAUACUCGAGCGAUCACCCUUACCGAGACCGAGAUAGGGACCGGGAUCGAGACCGAGACCACUUUCGCAGGGACUACCGAGAACCGGCCCUGACCUCCCGGCGCGGUCACGAGUACGAGGACGAUAGUGGCUACUAUACUACCAACUAUGAAGGAAGCUAUCACGCCGGUAGAAGCUACGGCUGAGGAACGAUCAUGCGGCUUGCAAGGAGACUCAGGAAAAACGCCAGACAUGAACUAUAUUAACACUGCACUAUUUAAAUUAUUUAUA